AUGGCGCAAAUCCGUGGCACCGCAGGCUAUAACCUCGGCCAUCAAAACCCUUUUGGCGGUCCCGGCAGUGCCGCUGCGUCGAAUGAUCCAAGCCCCUUGGAUACUAUUCGCGAACACACGAGCAAGAUUGAGGAUUGGCUAGACACUAUCUCGGAUCCUAUCAAGCCGUACUUGCCCGCAGUCGGUCGUUUCUUGAUUGUGGUCACUUUCUUCGAGGACAGCUUACGUAUUCUUACACAAUGGAGCGAUCAGCUUCUCUACUUGCGCGACUACCGAAAGAUUCCUUGGGGCAUCACGCAUACUUUCCUCAUCGUCAACGUCAUAGUCAUGACAGUCUGCUCCUUCCUAGUCAUCGCCCGUAAACACGCCGAAUAUGCUGUCGCUGGUCUUUUGAGUGUUGUUCUCAUUCAAGGUCUCGGAUACGGUCUCAUCUUCGAUCUCAACUUCUUCCUCCGCAACUUGAGCGUUGUCGGCGGUCUGCUCAUGGUUCUGUCCGACUCUUGGGUACGCAAGAAGUUUGUCCCUGCCGGUCUGCCCCAGCUGGACGAGAAGGAUCGCAAGAUGUACGUCCAGUUCGCUGGCCGCGUCUUACUCAUCUUCCUCUUCAUUGGAUUCAUCUUCUCUGGCCAAUGGAGCUUGUGGAGGGUCGUCGUGAGCCUGUUUGGAUUCGUUGCCUGCGUCAUGGUCAUUGUUGGUUUCAAGGCCAAAUUCAGCGCGAUUAUGCUUGUCCUGCUUUUGAGCGUCUUCAAUGUCUUGGUCAACAACUUCUGGACGCUCCACCCUCACCACCCCCACAAGGAUUUCGCCAAGUACGACUUCUUCCAGAUUCUGUCCAUCUGGAGGUCUGCUCCUCUUGGUAAACAUGGGCCCCGGCCAACUGAGCAUGGACGAGAAGAAGAAAGUCUACUAGAGCACACACUCGCGGAAGCAACAAGCGCCCGCCAGCGAAUCCCUCCUAUAAACCGGCAGAGCCGUCUCAUUCCUCGUACGCCCUGUCCACGUUUCCUCCACGUUAUAUGA